CAUCAGCGAAUCCACACAGGAGAAGCGCCCCACACAUGCGCUGAGUGCGGGAAAAGCUUUAGUCAGAGCUCAGACCUUAUCACACAUCAGAGAAUCCACACAGGAGAGACGCCCUACAUGUGCUCUGAGUGUGGGAAAAGCUUUAGUCAGAGCUCUACCCUGAACACACAUCGUAGAAUCCACACAGGAGAGAAGCCCUACAUAUGCUCUGAGUGUGGGAAAAGCUUCAGUGGGACCUCACACCUUUUCAGACAUAGGAAAAUCCACAUGGGUGAGAAACCUUAUGAAUGCGCUGAGUGUAGGAAAAGGUUUAGUCAGAGCUCAGACCUUAUCACACAUUGGAGAAUCCACGCAGGAGAGAAGCCCUACACAUGCGCUGAGUGUGGGAAAAGCUUUAGUCAGAGCUCUACCCUGAACACACAUCGUAGAAUCCACACAGGGGAGACGCCCUACACAUGCUCUGAGUGUGGGAAAAGCUUCAAACAGCUCUCUGCCCUUAUCACACAUCAGAGAAUCCACGCAGGAGAGAAGCCCUACACAUGCGCUGAGUGUGGGAAAAGCUUUAGUCAGCGCUCUGCCCUUAUCACGCAUCAGAGAAUCCACACAGGAGAGAAGCCCUACACGUGCACUGAGUGUGGGAAAAGUUUCAAUCGGAACUCUCACCUUAUCACACAUCGUAGAAUCCACACAGGAGAGAAGCCCUACAUAUGCUCUGAGUGUGGGAAAAGCUUCAAUCAGAACUCUCACCUUAUCACACAUCGUAGAAUCCACACAGGAGAGAAGCCCUACAUAUGCUCUGAGUGUGGGAAAAGCUUUAGUCAGAACUCAGACCUUAUCGCACAUCAGAGAAUCCACACAGGGGAGACGCCCUACACAUGCUCUGAGUGUGGGAAAAGCUUCAAUCAGCGCUCUGCCCUUAUCACACAUCAGAGAAUCCACGCAGGAGAGAAGCCCUACACAUGCGCUGAGUGUGGGAAAAGCUUUCGUCAGUGCUCUGCCCUUAUCACACAUCAGAGAAUCCACACAGGAGAGAAGCCCUACACGUGCACUGAGUGUGGGAAAAGCUUCAAUGUGACCUCAUACCUUAUCAGACAUAGGAAAAUCCACAUGGGUGAGAAACCUUAUGAAUGCGUUGAGUGUGGGAAAAGCUUUAGUCAGAUCUCUACCCUGAACACACAUCGGAGAAUCCACACAGGAGAGAAGCCCUACACAUGCGCUGAGUGUGGGAAAAGCUUUAGUCAGCGGUCUGUCCUCAUCACACAUCAGAGAAUCCACACAGGAGAGAAGCCCUACACGUGCACUGAGUGUGGGAAAAGUUUCAAUCGGAGCUCUCACCUUAUCACACAUCGUAGAAUCCACACAGGAGAGAAGCCCUACAUAUGCUCUGAGUGUGGGAAAAGCUUUCGUCAGUGCUCUGCCCUUAUCACACAUCAGAGAAUCCACACAGGAGAGAAGCCCUACAUAUGCGCUGAGUGUGGGAAAAGCUUCAAUCAGAGCUCAAACCUUAUCGAACAUAGGAAAAUCCACAUGGGUGAGUAA